AUGGACGGUGGCUACGGAAACUACUCAACCACUUCAUAUGGCGGGCAAGGUGGUACGGGAGGAGGAGGCUUUAUGCCUGGCGAGGUGAACAGUCCUGCCGGUGGAAGGCAAGGCGAAAACCCAACCCUCAGACCAGUAACCAUCAAACAAAUCCUCGAAGCAACCCAAGCACACCCCGAAGCACCCUUCCAAAUCGACGGUGCAGACAUCGGAUCCGUCUACUGCAUUGGCCAAGUCCGUAACAUCUCCACACAAAGCACAAACAUAACGUACAAACUCGACGACGGCACCGGCGAAAUCGAAGCCAAACAAUGGGUCGACUCUACCACGGCGCGUAUAGAAGACGAUAUGGACGUUGAUGGACAGGGAGUCAAACACAGUACUCGCAAAAAGGUGGAAUUGAACGGCUUUGUGAAGGUAUUUGGCAAGGUCAAGGUUUUCGGGAAUAAGAGAUUCCUGGGAGCGCAUAAUGUGCGACCUGUGUCGGACGUGAAUGAGAUACAUGUACAUUUCCUGGAAGCGACGGCAAUACAUCUAUUCUUCAAACACGGUCCUCCACAAAAGGGUACCGAUACAAACGGGGCCGUUUCGGGUUCUGGCUUUGGUGGUAAUACUGCUGGUGGCAUGAAAGGUGAUGAUGAUUACAGUGGUGCAGCAGCCGGCGGCCGACCUCUUCCACCCAUGUCGGCAUCAGCGCGAAGAGUGUAUAACUUGCUGAAGAAUGAACCUCAGAGCAAUGAGGGCCUUCAUAUGCAGAAUAUUUCUGCCAAGUUGGGCUUACCAUCGACGGAGGUUGUCAAAGCGGGUGAUGAGCUGUUAUCGGCGGGAUUGAUCUUUUCGACAAUGGACGAAUAUACAUGGGCUAUUUUGGAGUUUUAG